ACAAAUACUGUUUAACACCAAAUGGAAUCAAAUCAAGAGGAGUUCGAUUAUUUGAAAGUUGAAAAAUUAUCAAGAGAUGUACUCAACGUCAUUGUCGAAGAGAUGCCGUUGCAUUGGAAGAAACUUGCUCGUUUCUUAAACGUUAGUGAUAUAGAAAUAGACAGAGUUUUACACGAGUACAAAACCACCAGAGAACAAACUUACGAGGUUUUAAAUAGUUGGUGUAAAGAUAAUCCAGAAAAAAAUUGGCGGGAUAUAAAAUCUGGGUUGCUAUUUUGUGAGCGAAAAGACGUUAUCUUAAAAUGUGAAAGAAAACUAAAUGUGCGUUCAAUAUUUGGUGUUCAACCGUCUACAGAAAAACUAUUUUUUUGCAAAGAAGUGUUUUCUAAAAUUCAUGAUUAUUUUAUUGAAGUACAAGAUGUAAAAAAAUCGACCCUAGUGUUAUAUGGAAUGUCCGGUGUUGGAAAGACGCAAAUUGCUAGAAAAUAUUGUGAGGUUUAUCAUAAUUUUUAUGAAAGUUUUGUUUGGAUAAACGCAGCAUUUGGAAAGUUACAAACGUCAAUAAUCAAUCUUUGUCAGUUAUUAGGACUUAUAGUUCAAGAUUCGAAAGGUGACUUUUUUAAUAUAGAAGUGAUUGUUGAAAAAAUUCAUAAUUAUUAUAAAAAUGAAAAGACGCUGUAUAUUUUUGACAAUGUAGACGAUGAAAGUGUUCAAAAUUUGGAAAUGUACAUUUCAAACAAAUCGAAUUCAUUUACUUUAAUAACCUCUCAAUGGAGAACGUGGUCGAAUAACGUAAAUAAAAUGCUCAUUGAUGUUUUUUCUUCUGAAGAUGCAUUUACUUAUGUAAAAAAUAAUAUAAAAGAAACCACCGAUGAAAACAUAAGAAACUUAAUUAAAGAACUUGGUUAUCAUCCGUUUGCUAUUACUCAGGCAAUAAAAUAUAUAAAGAUAUAUGAAAUUUCGAUAGAAAAAUACAUUGAUCGAUAUAGAUCGAAACCUUUAGAAACACUAGACGAUGAAACCUUUCCAACCGAAGAUGAAUCAAAGUCUGCAAUAAAAGCAAUCAAUUUAGUUUUAAUAAAAUUAGAAAAAACUAAAAUUAUUCCGUUUAAAAUACUUAAUUGUUUAUCUCAUUGUGAUCCUCAAAACAUAAGUAAAGAAUUUAUAAUCCAAAUUUCAAAACACAUGGGAAUACACGAAGACUACUUGGUUGAUCAAGCUGUUAGAUUACUUAUGAGUUAUUCUUUACUAAAUCGUUUUGAUGAUAAAAAGUAUUCAAUACAUGAACUGACACAGUUGUCGUGUCGAUGUUUUCAAAGCAAAACUUUAAAUACAAAUACGUAUCUUGAUCUAAUCGAAAACUAUUUAAAUUUUGAGUUAAACGGAGUAAAAUAUCACGUUGAUUUUGGAAACCAUUUUGUUUUUCAUUUUCUUUAUUUAUUUCGUAUUAACAGAAAGAGAAUGUCAAAAACCUUCCAUCAUAUGUCGACUCCUAUUAAAAAAUUAUUAAUAUGUAAAGGUUUAUUUCAAGAAGCAAUCGACAUAUUAAAAGCUGUUGAAAGUUUUAUUGUAGAAACUUAUGGAGAAAAUAAUGAGCUUACAUUUGAUACUAAACAUAAUAUUGCAAAAUGUUUGUACGAUAUGGGAAAAUAUUACGAAGCUUUAGAAAUUUAUUAUUUUGUUGAUAAAAUAAAAACUGAAAAUUUAGGUUUUAACCAUCCGUCUACAAUGAAAACAAAACAUAAUAUUGCUCUCUGUUUGCACGAUAUGGGAAAAUAUAACGAAGCCUUAGAAAAUUAUUAUUCUGUUGACAAAAUGCAAAUUGAAGUUUUAGGUAACAAUCAUCUAUCAACAAUGAAGACAAAACAUAAUAUCGCACUCUAUUUAAACGAUAUGGGAAAAUAUAAUGAAGCUUUAGAGAUUUUUUACGCUGUUGAUAAAAUACGAACUGAAACUUUAGGUAUUAGCCAUCCAUCCACAACAAAAACCAAAAAUAGUAUUGCAAUCUGUUUGUGCGAUAUGGGAAAAUACAACGAAGCUUUAGAAAUUUUUUAUUCUGUUGAUAAAAUACAAACAGAACUUUUAGGUGUUAAUCAUCCGACUGCAAUGGCAACAAAAGAUAAUAUAGCAAACUGUUUGCACGAUAUGGGAAAGUAUAAUAAAGCUUUAGAAAUUUAUAAUUCUGUCGAUAAAAUAAAAACUGAAAUUUUAGGUAAUGACCAUCCUUCUACAAUGAAAACAAAAAAUAAUUUGGCAAAUUGUUUAUACGAUAUGGGAAAAUAUAAUGAAGCUUUAGAAAUUUUUUACGUUGUGGAUAAAAUGCGGACUGAAACCUUAGGUAUUAGCCAUCCAUCCACAACAAAAACAAAAAAUAGUAUUGCAAACUUUUUGUGCGAUAUGGGAAAAUAUAACGAAGCUUUAGAAAUUUUUUAUUCUGUUGAAAAAAUACAAACAGAAGUUUUAGGUAUUAAUCAUCCGGCAACAAUGGCAACAAAAGAUAAUAUAGCAAACUGUUUGCACGAUAUGGGAAAAUAUAACAAAGCUUUAGAAAUUUAUAAUUAUGUUGAUAAAAUAAAAACUGAAGUUUUAGGUAAUAACCAUCCAUCUACAAUGAAAACAAGAAAUAAUAUGGCAGGUUGUUUGUACGAAAUGGGAAAAUUUAAUAAAGCAUUAGAAAUUUUUAGUUCUGUUAAUAAAAUAAAACUUGAAAUUUUUGGGGAUAGUCAUCCAUCUACAAUGAAAACAAAACAUAAUAUCGCAAACUGUUUGUACGAUAUGGGAAAAUAUAACGAAGCUUUAGAAAUUUAUUACUCUGUUGAUAAAAUUAAAACAGAAAUUUUAGGCAACAACCAUCCAUCUACAAUGAAAACAAAAAGUAAUAUAGCAAAUUGUUUCAACGAAAUGGGAAAAUAUACUGAAGCUCUAGAAAUUUUAUAUUCUGUUGAAAAAAUACAAACUAAAAUUUUGGGUGGCAAUAAUCCCUCAACAAUAGCAACACAACAUUGUAUUGCAAUCUGUUUGAGCAAAAUGGGAAAAUAUAACUAUGCUUUGGAAAUUUAUGAUUCUGUUUAUAAAAAACAAACCGAAAUUUUAGGUUUCAAUCAUCUAUCUACAAUGAAAACAAAACAUUGUAUUGCAAGCUGUUUGGAAGACAUGGGAAAAUAUAAAGAAGCUCUAAAAGUUUUUUAUUCUGUUGAUAAAAUACAAACUGAAACUUUAGGCAUCACCCAUCCAUCUACAAUAAACACAAAACAUUGUAUCGCAAGCUGUAUGAGUAAUUUAGAAAAAAAACAAACGAAUUGUUUAAUUGUUUAAAUAAUUUUAUAGUUUAUAUAUUUAUCAUAGAUCCGUUUUUAUUCAAAAUCUUGUAAAAAA